GGCGGCUCGGGGGCGGCCCGCCGGGUCCAUGCGCAGCCGGCGGCCGGCCGCUGCCCCGCCGCACCCAGGAUGAGCUCGGCCGCCGGCCCCGCCGCCCUGCCCCCGGGCUCCGCCAGCCGGGCCUUGCAUGUGGAGCUGCCCUCGCAGCAGCGUCGACUUCGUCAUCUUAGGAAUAUUGCAGCGCGUAACAUUAUCAAUAAGAAUGGUUAUCGCCUCCUGGAUACGUACUUCACUCUUCACCUGUGUGAUAACACCAAGAUAUACAAAGAAUUUUAUAAGAGUGAAGUGAUCAAGAAUUCUCUGAAUCCAACAUGGAGGAGUCUGGACUUUGGAAUAAUGCCCGAUCGUCUUGAUACAUCCGUCUCGUGUUUCGUUGUGAGGAUCUGGGGCGGCAAGAAGGAGCACUUUCAGCUUUUGAUCGAAUGGAAGGUCAACCUAGAUGGUUUAAAGUACUUGGGACAGCAGAUACAUGCAAGAAACCCAAACGAGAUUAUUUUUGGUCUCAAUGAUGGUUAUUAUGGAGCUUCAUUUGAACAGAAGGAUCACUCAGGUGCCCUGAAGAAUAGUCUUCUCCAAGUGGAUCAGAACUGUGUUCGUAACUCUUACGAUGUCUUCUCUUUGCUUAGGCUUCACAGAGCCCAGUGUGCAAUUAAACAGACUCAGGUAACCGUUCAGAAAAUAGGAAGGGAGAUUGAAGAAAAGCUGAGAUGUACAUCGACAAGCAAUGAACUGAAAAAGGAGAGUGAAUGUUUACAGCUGAAGAUCCUGGUGCUACGUAAUGAACUGGAGAGACAGAGGAAGGCCCUUGGUCACGAAGUAGCCUCAUUGCAUAAGGAAAAGAAUACUUUGCAUGACCGAGAAAAUGCGUUUGAGACUGAGUACCAGAAGCUUCAAGAGCAUAAUGAAUCUCUGCAUGAAUUAAGAAAAGAAUGCACUGCUAAGAGAGAGCUGUUUUUGAAGACAAAUGCCCAGCAGACCAUUCGAUGCAAGCAGUUGCUGUCGGAGCUGUCUUACAUCUACCCUAUUGAUCUGAAUGAUCAAAAGGAUUACUUUGUUUGUGGAGUCAAGCUUCCUAAUUCUGAAGACUUUCAAGCAAAAGAUGAUGGGAGCAUUGCUGUUGCCCUGGGCUACACCGCUCAUUUGGUUUCAAUGAUAUCCUACUUCUUACAAGUGCCACUCAGGUAUCCCAUAAUCCACAAGGGCUCCAGGUCUACAAUCAAAGAUAACAUCAAUGACAAAUUGACAGAGAAAGAACGAGAAUUUCCUUUAUAUCCAAAAGGAGGGGAGAAGCUUCAGUUUGAAUAUGGAGUAUAUCUUCUCAACAAAAAUAUAGCACAGCUUAGAUAUCAACAUGGGCUGAGUACUCCAGAUCUAAGGCAAACUCUUCCUAACCUGAAGAAUUUCAUGGAGCUUGGGCUAAUGGUUAGAUGUGAUCGACACCAUACAUCCAGUGCAAUUCCAGUUCCAAAGAGACAGAGCUCCAGCUUCGGCAGAUUGGACGUCGGCUUUUCCAGUGGGCUUCCUUCUCCGGAUAAAGGACUCCGAAAACGAGCCAGCACGGGAAACGAGAGACUGCAGCACAAGACUCCUCCUCCUAGUUACAACUCUGCUUUAACGCAGCCUGUAGCCAUCGCAGCCCACGUGGGAGAGUUGGAUAAAAAACCUGCCUCGAUACCUUCCUCCUUCGAUACCUCUGCGGACUCCUCGAAAGGGAUCACCAAGAAAGGAGAGGACUCGUGCGGCAGUUUGAACGGAGAAAACGGGAGCCUAAACACUAGCCAAGACCGGCAGGAAUCUUUCGUAGGACAUACUAGUGCAAUAAACGGGGCGUUGCUGCCCGGUGAGUGCGCUGGCACCGCCAGCAGCGAGCAGCCUUGUGAGUUUCGGCCCCCACUCGGCCCCGUCCUUUGCUGCACCGUGGAGCAAGCAGAGGAGAUAAUGGGGAUGGAAGCGACGGGGUUCAGCUCGGGAGAUCAGCUCGAAGACUUUAACUCCAUCCCGGUGGAGCACGCCGUGGCGGUGGAGUGUGACGAACAAGUCCUAGGGGAGUUUGAGGAGUUCUCUCGAAGGAUCUAUGCACUGAACGAAAACAUGUCCAGCUUCCGCAGGCCGCGUAAAAGUUCGGACAAAUGAGCUUGGACAGGGGGGUUGAGAGCAGACGUUGGGGUGAAAUCAGUGAUCUGGAAUAGAGAUAAAAUUGCACUUAUUCUUUAUAUUAAUUAUAUAUAUUAAAAAAGAAAAACCUUAAAGCUAUUCCUAUGGUGUUAGAAAAAAUGACUUGUUACUGAGCACGAUAACACAGGAUCAUGGUAUAUUCACAGCCCAGGUAAAUUUUGAUUCUGCUUCCAGUCCUUUUAUGUCUGGUAUUUAUAAUCUGUUUUUUUUUUUAAGGCAAUGGAGUCCAUUUCUAAAUGCUUUCCUGGAAAAAAAAAAAAACUUCAAGUGCUGAUCAGGCCCUCCUAUGAAUAUGUUUCAUUGAUUAUUAUAUAGAGCUAAAUUUAUUUUAGUCUUUUCAGAAGGAAAAAAAUUUAAAUUACAGUUAUGGUAAGACCUCUUUAUGUUUUCCCAUGUACUCCUGUGUUUUCUUGAGCAACGGGGUCAGUGUUACAGAAACACCAAGACUUAGCUGUCAGGGGACAGCUUUCUCUUGGCCGUGCUGCGUAGUCACACGAGUUCUGGUUUGCACCGAUGGGUCUUCAGCUGGCGGUGGUAAAACCUUGCCCAAGAGCUGAGCACGUGGGGGAUCCCUGCGCUUCCUUGUGCAAGGAUCAGCUUCAUUCUUUCCUCCUUUCCUCCACGCUCACCACUCCUGCCAGCAGAGCCCUUGAGGACUAAAUCACCUUAAGGUUUCUUCCAAGAGCCUCAGCAGUUCCCUGUUUUGCUUAGGUGCAGCCUGGCCAAGCUAAUCCGUGGAGGCCUAACGAAGGCACCGUGUGAGUGGGGUUGGUGUGCUGUGAUCCUCGGCGCCCACCAUGGGCUGCCAGGUACUGUGCAAACGUCUUCAU